AAAAUAUCCCUCAUUCUUUCUCUCUCUCUCUCUCUCUCUCUUUCUUGGUCUUGUCAAAACCUUUUUUUUUGUUUCUUUCUUUCUUUUUUGAGCAAAUAGAGAAAGGAAAAAUAUUCUCCAGUCUAUAUCUGUUAUCAAUUUCAGUUACUAUCCUCCAGUUUUUAUCCAUUCACUCCAUUCCAUUCCAUUUCAUUUCUCAUCUCAUUCUUCUUCUUCUUCUUCUUCUUCUUUUCCUUCUCCUUCUCCUCCCUCCUUGUCUUGGGAAAUACCAAUAUUAAGAAAUAAAGUGUCCCCACUAGCAUUCUAUCGACAUUCACAUUCACAUUCACACAUUUAGAUAUGAACGCGUCGUCCUCGGCACAACAGGAGCCCCGUUUAUCUGCCCUGACUUCUCCCAAUGAUUCAGCAAACCCACGCCCGUCCUUCGCAGGAUCCGGCUUCUUUGCCGUAGCCCAGGACCCUUCCAGACAUCUUGCUCAACAACUCCCAAUGGAGACCCCCUUUUUCACCCCCCAGGCCACUUGGACCGAAUCCUCUCGUUCAGAUUACUUUUCUGCCUCAACUACCACCGGUCCAAUGACGUCAAUAUCCCACCUCUCCAGUCCCCACCAUCCCUCUCAAGCCAACCUAUUCACCUCCGGUUUCUCUGUGCCCGCUCAGACCCCUGCUGCCAUCGAAAUCUCUAGCUUCUCCGCCUCCUCCCCCUCCUACUUUCCGGAUUCCAUCAGUGUUUCAGAUCAGGAUUCCCAAGGCUUUCAGUUACCACCAUCCUCUCUGCCCCAAGGUCCUCACCAUCGCCCCACCGGAUCUUCAUGGGAGCCAUUUCAUUCUUCCAGAGUCAUCGAUCGCAAUGGUUCUUCAUCAACCAUACCCAUCCAAAGAUCCAACCUAUCCCUCUCCAUGCCUCUUUCCUCCCUGAUGUCUCCACCCAGUUCCCUCGCCUCUCCCUCUCGUCUCUCCAUGUCCUCUUUAUCACAAUCCCAUCACAGCCCUGCUCCUGCCGCCCCUCCUGCAGAUCUAAACAUCCAGGAGAACAGUCCCAGCACGGUCUCCACUUUGCUCCAACAGGUUUUACAAAAUCAGGACAAACAUUCCAUCAUGCUCUUGGACAUGAGACCCUCAGUGUCCUAUGCAUCAUCAUCGAUCAAGACUGCCGUCAAUGUUUGUAUCCCCAACAUGUUGUUGAAACGACCCAUGUAUUCACUCCAAAUGAUUACAGAGCAAUUGACAACCGAGCAGGACAUUGAAACUUUCUCAAAAUGGAAACAAUUUUCAAACAUCGUCUUCUUUGAUGCCUCCGGUGCCCCUCCCGUCGUUGGUUCUCCCACAUACUUUAUGGUUCAAAAGUUUCGAAAAGAGGGCUGCAAUGCAACAUUAGGUUAUCUCCAAGGUGGAUUUAACCUCUUCCAAUCACAGUACGACAAUCUAUGCCGGACAGACGAAAAGCCCCCUUCAGGAGACUCACCAGGCAAGAUGUCUUUGAGCGGCAAUGGCCCUGUCUUGACAACUGCAACCAAUUCUACAACUGUUUCACCACAACGUCAACGUCUCCAUCUCGGACCACUCCCUUCAUUGAUGACCCAGCCCCCGGGUGGACCGCUUGGAUGUCAAACCCCAAUGAUCGAAAACCCUAAUGUGAACCCACUGUUUGAGAGCGUGCGUCAGGCCAUGGGAUUGAGCACCAACAUCACAGAGGAAAUCCCUGUGCGUUUGCCCAUGGGCUUCACAGUCGAUACAAUGAAGGAAUAUUUGCCACAAUGGUUAUUGUCUGCUAUCGCUGAAGAUUCUGGCAAAUCUAGACUAGCUGAGUACUUUCAAAAAGUGGAAAUCAAUGAGAACAAACGAUUGGCUUUGUUGAUGUUACCCCAGAACAUGCGAUCUGGUAGAGUCACUCAUUUCAGUAUAGGGGCAGGAAUCGAACAAGGACUCAAGAAUCGGUACAAUAACAUUUGGCCAUAUGAUCAUACUCGUGUCAAAAUUUCAGAGGUGGAUAGCGGCCAUGAUGACUAUAUCAACGCCUCGUUCUUGACGCCCAUGUUGAGCAAGAAGACCUAUAUCGCUACUCAGGGACCCUUACCAUCCACAUUCCAGGACUUUUGGAAGGCAACGUGGGAACAAAACUCACGUGUGGUCGUCAUGUUGACACGCGAGCAAGAGAUGGGCAGAAUCAAGUGCCAUGAAUACUGGCCUACGGCUCAACAGCCGAUCAUGAAUGUUGGGGUCAUGCGUGUUACAUUCGUGACAGAGUUCUUGCCCGAUCCGACCAUCGGCACCAUCUUGAUCAGACAACUCAAACUGCGACACAUGAACGCACCCGAGGAUCAGGAAAGGUCGAUCACUCAAAUCCAGUAUACUGGCUGGCCAGAUUUUGGCGUUCCAGAGACCCCUCUAGAGGUAUUGAAGGUGAUUCAGCUAGCGAACGAGUACAACACACCAGUAUCAUCGGCUGGACCCAUGGUCGUGCACUGUUCCGCAGGAUGUGGACGAACAGGCGCAUUCUGUGUGAUCGAUUCUAUUUUGACAGAACUGCAGGAGCAUCCAGAGGCGGUGAUGAACUCGGGAUCAGGAUCAGGAUCAGAUCCCUCCAGGCCAAAGCUAUCCCUCUCAUCCAAACCCUCGCUCGAAUUUUCGAGAUCGGGCAAUGAUCGUGUGAUCAACACAAUGGGGAACAAUACCGGUCCCAGUAGCAAUCUCAGUAGACCCCCUCUUCAUCUAGGAUCGUUAUCAGCAUCGUCGUCCUCCGCAGCAUCAGAUGAAAUGUUGACGGAUAUUGUAUAUUCAAGCGUGAGCACGUUCAGGGAGCAGCGUAUUUCAAUGGUACAGACACUAAGACAAUACGUAUUCUGUUACGAAGCCAUUUACUGGCACAUGGCCAAGGAGUUUGCAAAGGAGCGACCUGCAUUGGGACUGAUGGUUGUGCCACCACCCUCCAUGGCAGUUCACACACCAUUGUUGCCUAUGCCUCCUCAAGGUACCAAUGGCAUGACCUCCAAUCCAGCUCUAUCCAUGGGUAACGCUCCAAUUACGACAACCACGGAAGAGUUUUCGUUCUUUGGAUAAUGAUGAAGAUGAAGAUGAAGAUGAAGAUGAUGAUGAGGAUGAUGAUGAGGAUGAUGGCGAAG